AUGGCAGAACAGGUUCCCGUGGUCGGACCAGAGUACUGCAUAUCGGACCAUCCAGUGGAGCUGGGGAUCGUGAGAAAGGCCCUAGCUUUAACAUCGGGAAACUUCAAGGUUACCGAUGUGAAUGAUAAUGAUUUGUUCAAAGUAAAAGUCAAGUGGUCUCUUCACGACCGUCGGAUCCUUCAUGAUACAGCGGGAAAUCCCAUUAUCACUCUCCGCCAGAAGAUCAGAACUAUGCAUUCAAGAUGGCAAGUGUUCAGGGGAGACAGUCACGACAAAAAGGAUCUUUUGUUCACGACUGUAACGAGCUCAUGUCUGCAGUUCAAGAUAAAGUUGAACGUGUUCUUAGUAAAAAACGAGAAAGAGGAAGAGCCUGAUUUUAGGUUAAAAGGAAGCUUUUCGAAGGGGUCUUGCAUCAUAUACACUGGACAUGGAAACUCCAAAUCCAUUAUUGCCCAAGUAAUAGUUGUUAUAUCAACACCUUCACUAAUAAAAACCCUUGAUAUAUCUAUUUUCUGUGUUAAAACCUAUCUAACGACGUCGUUAGAUCCUGAAUCCAAACGUAGACUACGUAGACAGAUGAGUAAGAAGACGACGUUAAAGAGUGUAAUGUUUGGGAAAGAUAAUUUUAGGGUGACAGUGAAUCCAAACGUAGACUACGUAUUCAUAAUUGCACUUGUUGUUAUCCUCGACAAUAUUGACACUAUUUGUAUGGAAGCCGCUAAAGUUGCUAAAAAUGCACUUUUAAAUGUGACCUAA